AUGGCAUCGCCCACGCCGCGCUUCCAAGAGGGCGUGGAGCGCACGCGCAUGGAGCGCAUCGGCGCCCACUCGCACAUCCGCGGCCUGGGCCUGGACGAGAACCUCAACGCCGCCCCGAGCGCGCAGGGCCUGGUCGGGCAGCUGGAGGCGCGCAAGGCCGCGGGCGUCAUCGUGCGCAUCAUCGAGCAGGGCAAGAUCGCGGGCCGCGCCGUCCUCAUCGCGGGCCAGCCCGGCACGGGGAAGACCGCCAUCGCCAUGGGCAUGGCACAGGCCCUCGGCUCGGAGACCCCCUUCACUAAGAUGGCCGCCAGCGAGAUCUUCUCGCUCGAGAUGUCCAAGACCGAGGCCCUUACGCAGGCCCUGAGGAAGAGCAUCGGCGUUAGGAUUAAGGAGGAGACAGAGCUUAUCGAAGGCGAGGUUGUGGAGAUUCAAAUUGAUAUGCCGCUCACGAGGUCGUCGGCCGCAGGGAUGGCGAAGAGUGGCAAGCUCACGUUGAAGACCACGGAGAUGGAGACCGUGUAUGACUUGGGUACCAAGAUGAUUGACUCGUUGCAGAAGGAGAAAGUUACAAAUGGUGAUGUCAUUACUAUUGAUAAGGCCACGGGAAAGAUCUCAAAGCUCGGGCGCUCGUUUGCGCGGUCGCGUGAUUAUGAUGCCAUGGGGUCUACGACGAGGUUUGUUCAGUGUCCGGACGGCGAGUUGCAGCGACGGAAAGAGGUUGUACACGUCGUCUCUCUGCACGAAAUUGAUGUCAUCAAUUCACGGCAGCAAGGUUUCUUGGCAUUAUUCGCGGGGGACACGGGUGAGAUUAAAGCGGAGGUGAGGGAGCAGAUUGACGUCAAGGUUGCGGAGUGGAGGGAAGAGGGGAAAGCGGAAAUUGUGCCGGGCGUUCUUUUCAUUGACGAGGUGCACAUGCUUGAUAUUGAAUGCUUUUCCUUCAUCAACAGAGCUCUCGAGUCGGAGCUCGCCCCAGUCCUUGUCGUGGCGUCGAACCGCGGAAUCACUCGUAUCAGGGGGACCACAUACAAGUCGCCACAUGGCCUUCCACUGGACUUGUUGGAUAGGUUGCUUAUUAUAACUACCAAACCAUACAACGAGAAGGACAUUCGACAGAUCUUGCAGCUACGCUGCGAAGAAGAAGACGUGGAGAUCACGGAGAACGGACUAAACCUUCUCACGCGUAUAGGUCUGGAAACCUCACUGAGAUACGCCAUGUAUCUAAUCACCUCUUCAGCACUCGUGUGCUCGAAGAGAAAGGGGACAGAGGUAGACGUGGAGGACAUCAAGAGGACGUACACCUUGUUCUCCGACGUCAAGCGCAGUACGCAGGCCCUGAGCGACUUCCAAGACGAAUAUAUGUUUAAUGAUGUCUCUCCAAAGUUGGUAGAUGCCGCCUCGAAGGAAGCGACAGGCGAUAGUGAUGCUGUCAUGGACGCGGCAAGUGCCCCUCCAGCAGAGGUGACCACGAAAACAGAGGCAAUGCAAGUCUAAGUUGUACAUAUGAAAUUAACGAGACGGGUUUAACAUCGUUUGAGUUGUAUGGAUAAACCGCUGAAAAGACAAACGAUGUGCCGGUUGGCGCCGUCCGUAACCAUCACACCAGAAGAAUAACGUACAGUGAAGUACAUUAUCUACGGAGGUUCCGGAGAGGACUCUGAGGAGAGGGGGUUCCAUUUGAUCAUAUGCGACGAUUUAGCAGCAGGGAGGGGUCCCACCCUACAGCAGACCUUACCACCCUCGUUGAAGUAGGUGGGUGGCGCAGUUAGACUGACCUCCUGUCUUCCGUGGGCGCCGGCGCGGAGAAGUUGUAUCUGGCUGGCAAAGCAUCCCGGUGGGCGUUGCGGGCAAUGGAGCUGUGCUUUCGUUAAAAAAUUAUCAUCAAAUUU